GCGAGUGAGGCACAAGAAAAGGGAGCGCGCCCGCCGCCGCCGCCGCCCUCCUCUUGGGAGAGAGGCUGGAGUGAGGCUGUGCGAAGCGCCGCAUUUCAAUGAGGUCGGGCCAAGGCACAUCCCUGCACUAGCGGCUGCAGCCGAGACGCCCGCGCGCCCUCAGCUGCUGCAGCCCAGCCCCGGCCCCGCAGCCCCGCAGCCCCGGCCGCGCCCAGCCCGGCGAGGACAGCACCAGGAGGCGGCCCCGCGCGCGGCCACAAAGACCCCCGGCGGCGUCUCUCCGCGGACCGGUUCAACGUUAACUCCGUGAUGUCCUUCGGCAGAGACAUGGAGCUGGAGCACUUUGAUGAGCGCGAUAAGGCGCAGAGAUACAGCAGAGGGUCGCGGGUGAACGGGCUGCCCAGCCCAACGCACAGCGCCCACUGCAGCUUUUACCGAACGCGCACCCUGCAGACCCUCAGCUCUGAGAAGAAGGCCAAGAAAGUUCGUUUCUAUCGAAACGGAGAUCGAUACUUCAAAGGGAUUGUGUAUGCCAUCUCCCCAGACCGGUUCCGAUCUUUUGAGGCCCUGCUGGCUGAUUUGACCCGAACUCUGUCGGAUAACGUGAAUUUGCCCCAGGGAGUGAGAACAAUCUACACCAUUGAUGGGCUCAAGAAGAUAUCCAGCCUGGACCAACUGGUGGAAGGAGAGAGUUAUGUGUGUGGCUCAAUAGAGCCCUUCAAGAAGCUGGAAUACACCAAGAACGUGAACCCCAACUGGUCUGUGAAUGUCAAGACCACCUCGGCGUCCCGGGCGGUAUCAUCACUAGCCACUGCCAAAGGGAGCCCUUCAGAGGUUCGGGAGAAUAAGGAUUUCAUUCGGCCCAAGCUGGUCACCAUCAUCCGAAGUGGGGUGAAGCCACGGAAAGCUGUCAGGAUUCUGCUGAACAAGAAAACUGCUCAUUCCUUUGAGCAGGUUCUCACUGACAUAACUGAUGCCAUCAAGCUGGACUCGGGUGUGGUGAAACGCCUGUACACCCUGGAUGGGAAACAGGUGGUGUGCCUUCAGGACUUUUUUGGUGACGAUGACAUUUUUAUUGCAUGUGGACCGGAGAAGUUCCGUUACCAGGAUGAUUUCUUGCUAGAUGAAAGUGAAUGUCGAGUGGUGAAGUCUACUUCUUACACCAAAAUAGCUUCAUCAUCCCGCAGGAGCACCACCAAGAGCCCAGGACCUUCCAGGCGCAGCAAAUCCCCUGCAUCAACCAGCUCAGUUAAUGGAACUCCUGGUAGUCAGCUCUCUACUCCGCGCUCGGGCAAAUCACCAAGCCCAUCACCCACCAGCCCAGGAAGCCUGCGGAAGCAGAGGGACCUGUAUCGCCCCCUCUCUUCGGAUGAUUUGGAUUCAGUAGGAGACUCAGUGUAAAAGAAACAAUGGAGCAAUGUAUAUGGUUUGUGAUUGCGUGAAGGUUUCACAUUUCCUAAGCAAAAAUCUAACAGCAAAAUACACAAAAGAGUUUUGCAUACCUUGAAAUUAUGAAGCCCAAAUCAAAGAAGAGUAAAUAUACAGGCAUUUUAUAUUCAUGAUGUUAAUCCUUGAAGGAGAUUUUUUUUUUAGAUCUCCUACAUUGAUUUGAUCAGGGAGCUUGAACACAAACUUGCUUAGUUGCUGAGAUUUUUGUGCGAGGCCUGGCUCUAGGUGAAUUUCAUACAUGGACCCAAUAUUGAGUAUAAGAACAUGCUAAUGAUGUAGCAAUACAGAGCCAUAAUUUCUGUAGAUGGAGUUUCCAUUUUAAUCAUAAGUAGUCACAUAGAUACAAUGUUUCUAUACUUUUGGUUAAGCAGAUUAAAAUGUCAUUAGCAGGCAUAUUUUUUCUUAAAGUUGUAUUCUUUUUAAAAUUUGGAUUGCUGAUUUUUUGAAGGUACUACAAAAUAAUAAAAAUAUUCAAGUAGAUUUUUCUUUCUUUCUAGACAGUGGACAAAGCUACUUGUCAUUUUGUGGGUUAACAUAUUGGAGGAAAAACUCUCAUGUCAGGGACACAUCUCACGAAGACUCUGAUGUUAGAUAUUAAGAACUUUCCUUGUUUCUGUUGUCAAGUAAAUUUUAUUUUUUAAAUAUCUUUUAUUGGAAACAGCAUGAUUAUAGCUUAAACUAUAUACCAACAUGAAGAACUUGUUCAGUGGCUUUGCUAUAAAUUAUACAAUUCCUCCCUAUAGCCAUAUAUGUAAUUUUUCAAAUAUGUAAAAGCUAAAGCCAGAAAUCUUUUUCUUUUCUUUUUUCUUUUUUAGCACACAGACCUAAAAAAAUCAUGUCUGGACUUCUUCCAAAAAAUCAAUUUGAAAAGCAGAAUUCUCUUAAAUAGUGCUAUAUAAAUCAGGCCCAAAAUAUCCAAAUCUCCAUUUUGAUAAAUCCUGAAUCUUGCUGAUGUUUUGGAAAUUUUCAUAUGCAAAACUCCUUUUGUGUUAAACCAAGUAAGUCUAUGAUUAUAACCCAUUUUUAAACAUUAACCUACUAAUUCUGCUCUUCUAGUCCUCUUUUUAAAAAAUUAUAGUCAGCUUUGCUUAAACAUAAAAUGAUUAUUUUAAAAUCUGAAUGUUAAAAGUUAAUGUGUAUGGUCUGUUGUAUUUAGCCAUAUCCUAGUGAUCACUUAGUUUUACUAGUUCAAACACUAACAAUUUAAGACUUGUGAAGCAUGAUUUUUAUUUUCUACAGACUUGACAUAUCUCAGUAGGUGAUAAAUUAAAAAUGUAUUUUAUGCCAUUUGGAGGCUUUUACUUGAGUCUUUUUCAAAUUUUACUUGAAAAUUGAAUUUAAAAACAAAAUGUUUGAUUCAAGAUGGAGAGAAAUUCAGUUGUCAUAUACUGUUUUAAAUGUUAUCAAUUUAUCUCCUUGAUAAAUUGCUCAACUAUCAAAUUUUACCAUCUGGUUUAUAGUUACAUAUGUUACCAUCUCACUUUCCAAGUGAAUAAAAUAUUCCUUCCAAAAGAAGAAAAAAAAGUCCAGGCACUCUAACAGCAUUUGAAAACUUAGGCUUAUAGUAAUUAGUGCCUCAUUAUCCUGUCUGUUGGAGAGAAAGACACUUCUCUGGCAGGUUAUUCGAGAACCACAAACUGAACCAUUCCAUCUUGAAAGAACAAUUCAUAAUAAUACCUGUUCCAGACUUCAGGUUUUAAAACUGUUCCCAAUAGAAAUGAACAGAGGCUCCUGCUGAGAUCAAAAGACUGCUUUGUUUUAGCUGAAACAGUAAACAUCUGUGAAGUUGCCUGUGGUGGUGUCUGUUCUAGUUAUGUCUUCAUAAAAUACGUUACUUCAUACAAUUGAGUCCAUAAAAGAUUAGUAUGUCUUUGACUGAACUGUCAAAAAUGCAUUGAAAGCAGUGGAACAGUUAACUUAAAUCUGGUGGGGUCAGAUGGUCCAGAACUAAAAUAAAUUCCAAUAAUUUUAACUUCUCUGCGCUGUCAAUCUUACGGACGACUACUGCUUAGAGAGGUCUGAUAAAUGCUAUUUGUUCUGGAUAAGUGGCAGAUAUUACCAAUUGAUAUGAAACCCAUGGCUUUGUUUAGACACGGAAAAAAGAAACUGGACUUGUACUAAUUGCCGAUAGAUAUCAUGGCCAACUUUCCAUUCAAGCAGUUCCAAGGGAAAUGCUAUUCCACAGCAUUUAAUCUUUUGAACAUAUGACUUUUAUUAAAGGACUGUUCAUGGGGCGAUAUAUAUCAUUUACUUUUGAAACUAAAGUCCCUCAGAGAUUGAAAUAGCACACCAUUUAUAGACUUUGAAAUCUCUUUCUAUGCAGAACGUAAUUCCAUUAUACUAAAGUAGAAAUAAAAAAAUCCUUAGCUACAAACCAGAACUUUUCAGCUCAUUGAUGGAACCAAAUUGAUGAUUUAAAGACACUUAAAACUUACUUAUAGAAGUUUUUUGAAAAAUUAGACACUGAAUUUUAAAAGUGUUCCAUUGAACGGGAAAGAACUCCAGCAAAAGCCAUGGAUUUUUGUCCUUAUGUUAAACCUUAAAUGUGCUGUGAAGACAUUGUGCUCUAGUUAAAAGUUUGAUACUUUUUCAUUUGCGCUCACCUUUUUUCCUUAGACGUUAUAGAAAAAGAUAUGAUAAAUAUUUCACUGCUCUCAGCAUUUUAGAAAUGCAAAAACCUAAUAGUAUAUCAAGUGUGAAGGUCAGUGUGAACUCAGAAGACUGGUUCUGAAAGCCACAUGCUUUGUUUCUUGUCUUGCUUAAUCAAUUAAGUGGGGGGAAAAAACCCACAGUGUUUCUAUACUGUCAUAGGUUUUUAAGAAGUAUCAGGUUUACCCAUCUGUAUACAUUCCUGUGUUCUUAUAUUGGCUCAUCUAAAUACUAAAAGAUCAAGUGGUAUCUUCUAAAAACCUUCUGAACCAGCAUUUAUGUACUAUAUGUGUUCCCUGUGUUAGCCAGUAGGGAUAUUUUGGUUGCAUCCACUGCAGAUUUAUACAUGAUUGGGUUCUUUUUUUUUUUCUUUUAAAAGCAACAAAGUCUAAAACCCAGAUUUCUUAAUACUAAUGAAUGAAAACGUAGACUAAUAUUCCUGAAAAAUAAUAAAAUAAUUCCAUGUAUUUUAGCUAUUGGACUACUAAAUUUUUCAUAUGUGGCCAUAUAUCUAUACAGGUAUGUGGGUGUUUAUGUAAAUUUGCAGGGCUCAGUGUGUAUGUGGAUGUGCUUAUGUAUUUGUAUAUGUUUGUAGACCAUGAAUAGUAAAGUAUGGUAUUUGUGACACAGCCUUGUAAGUUACUGGCUCUUGUGGAAUUUCAUGUAAAGCCUUCAUGUCCUAAAUUAUAAUAGGUCAUAUUAAGAUAUGACCUAUUAGUUGGGGCAUGUUUAAGUUCAAAAGUAGUUCGCUUAACUAGUAUGACAAAAUGGUUCCAAAUAAUCAGACAUGCUGAUUUAUUUUUUUAAAAAAUUGGAAUCCAGAUAAAUGAAAAAUUUGAAAUUGAGAUAAAUAUUGUGUUUAAGUAUUAAGUAUAAGCACACAUUAAUGUUUAUAUUGUUAUGUCUUAAUAUUCAAUUGUUAAAAUGAUUUAAUAGUAUCACUAAUGUUUCUCUAAUGUGUGCGUAUUGAUGACAUGUAAUGAUUGUCAACCAGUGUUCACUAAAAAAUGGAAUACUGAUUUACAGAGUUGUGAGUAGUUGAGUAUUAUAUUGAAGCAUAAAUGGAAGAGAAUCCAGACUAUAUUUGAUUUGAAGUAAGUUUAAUGACAAAGCCAGAUAACCUAUAAGGUAAUUUUGUAUGUUCUUUCAAAACACUAUUCUAAACUGUUGACAUGUUUUCAGUAGUAACCUUACUAUACUUGUUAUAUGUGUGUGUAUAUCUAUAUAAAUAUAUACACACUUGAAAAUGUUAAUGGAAUGAAUUUACUAUAUAUGCAUACAUUUGCCCAUUUAUGUGUAUUUGCAUUAGCCUUGCUAGCGUCUCUAAUUCUGCUUGUUAGUGACAGCUGUAUCUGAUUGAGAAAUUCCAUAGAAGUACAGUGUGAAAAUUAGAGAUAUAGCGAAUUCAAUGUACCAAUUGCCUGAAGCAGUUUGUUAUACUGUCAGUUGAAAAUAUUUGUAAUUUUGUGCCUGUGACGCAUGUGGAAAAGAUAGGAAAUCUGAGGCCCUAGCUAUAAUUUUUAUGAGUGCAUGAUAUAUAGUGUCUUUAAAAUGUGGUUCGUUUUAGUAAAGAUGAUGGAUAAAUUCCAACUAGUAUACAUGAUGCAUGUAAUACUUGGGUGUUUUUAUUAUAUAUGGCCACAAAAUGUUUUUGAAGCCAAGAUAGUGGGUAUCUGAAAGGUUGUAGGCAAAGAAUUAUGAAAGUUAAUUUUCUUGUGAUGUGUUUUUUGGGUUUAUAUUCACCAACAAGCAAGGAAUGGAGUUUAUUUGUUCUAAGGACUUUUUACUUUCAUUGAAAUACGUUAUGAAUAUUGUAAAUUCGGAUAAAAUUUUUAUAAACAGGGUGACCUAAUUUCUGCUUACAAUUUGAGUUGCUUGUAUGUGUAUUCAUCUCUUAAGAGCAUUUGAUGUUAAAAUGUUUCAAACAGCAUUAUGUUUUAAAGUCCAUCAGUAUAGGCCAUCAGCAGAGUUUUAUAGAGCUAAACAAUGAAAUGUUCCAUUGAACUACACAAUUUUGAAAGUUCCAUCACUUUGUGCUUUUGUUUUUUUGUAAAAUGUUGUACCUUGUGUUUCACACUGGACCAUAUUCUUCCUCUAAAAGUUAACUUUGUGACACUCACCACCUUAGAAUGACUAUACAAUAAACAGAAAAAACCA